AUGCACCGCCGACUCCGCGCCGCGCCGUUUCUCCCACUGCUGCUGCUGCUGCUCGUGCUGCACUGCGCCUGCGGGUGCCGCGCCGCUGCGGGCCGCCGUGUGUUCGACGACACGGUGUCGAAGAGGGGCCGGCCGGCGGCUGCGGUGGUGCGUGAGGUGCCGCGGAGGGGGCAGGGCGCGGCGCAGGCGUACACCGUCGCAGCGGCAGGAGGAAAGAACAGCGAGGGCUGGGCGCCCAUCCGCAUCGAGGUGUCUACGAAGGACCUGGAGCAGAGUACUCGGAGGGGGAAGAUGAAGAGGUACUGCGAAGCAGCGGGGGAUCAGUGCAUGAACUACUUGGGGGAAACGGUAACUUGCAGAGCCGAGCACGUACUGACGGAGCAAAAGAAGGAGUUGUAUACGAAGAAGAUUAUUCCUGGGGCCGUCAAGCUGCACGCGGAGCGACUUCUCGUGCAGCCAGUGGCUGAGAAAAUUGUUGUGCCGCGAGCUCCGACAGGGCACUGCCAGCACUUUACAAUUCCAACUGAGCACCAGAGGAGCGGGGGUGUGGCGAAUGCCGACAUGGUCCUCUACGCUGCUGCCGGGCCACUCGGUCAUGACGUUCCGGCGUGGGCGGCCACGUGUGCCACGUUGGGUGACCUCCGCCCUUCCGUCGGCGCCAUGAACUUCAACCCGGCGUACAUGACCGACUCGGCGUGGAGCGUCCGCGUCGCCGCGCACGAGCUGGCGCAUGCCCUCGGGUUCAGCCACGAGGCAAUGGGGCAC